AUGUAUGUUGUGUCAAAGAAGAAUGGAAAGUUAGACCAGCUUAAUUCCUUGCUGAGCAGUCAGGAGAUGUACAAGCCUGGCUCGUACCAUGAGGACCCAUGGGUGGAGUUCAUCCAACUGGACCUGGACGACCCCGCGGAGAAGAAUGAGAGUUCGGACACACAGCAUCUUCUGGGCCUGUCCCGCUCAGGUUCUUCUCACGUCAUCCAUUUCAAAAGCGACGAUGAUUCCGGCCGUGCCAGCUGCUACGACCCGGAGAUCCCGGAAGACAUGCUCACCGCUUCCCUUCUGCCUGGGUAUUCCGGUCGCGGAGACCAGCACCCUCUGGUUUCUAGGAGCAGCUCGUCCACCCCGAGCCUUACUGCUCUUCAAACAUCUGAGGGGGCGGAGACACCUAUUAAACCCACUACACCAAGUUGGGCGAACAUGGACUUCUACGCCCAAGUAAGCGAUUUCACACCUGCGGGAGAGGUGGUACUCUCACCCGGGCAACUAAACAGCCCUCCGGAGAAAAAGAAAGAGGACGACAAGAAAAUCAAAGACGACGUGAAAAUACAAUUCCAGCUUCUUUCCGACGGAGCUUAUACCUCGGAGAACACCGCGAGGCAGCUUGCCGCCGAUGUGCCGUCCAACCCUGGACCCAAUCAGGGGUACCAAACAUUCCCACCUCAGGCUGUUGAAGGAAACCACGGCUGGAACGUAGAGUACCUGGCUCCUGUGGACGUCUCCCAGAUGCCGUACCUUCUGCCUGUAGCUCCACCAGCCUCAAUACUGCCACCGGUGUCAGACUAUACAGUAGUGCAAGAGGUGGACGGCCAGCGCAGCCUCCUCCUUAACCCUUCUACCCCACAGACAUCAGUGUGCACACACAGCCCAAACAAACAGCUCCCUGCCAUGCCAAACAUGCCCAUGGGGUAUCUCACGCCCGACCUCCUGGGGACCCUGACCCCGUGAAGUCACGCAAGUCAUCGCUUGAUGAUGUUCUACCUUCUGACUGCUGGAAGCCAAAGUUGCAGCAAUGAUGGGACAGAAAUUCCAUCGCGCUUGCUGCGGGAUUCUGCUAAUGUUUCUAGGCUUUUCUCUGCUGUAGGCUGUAAAGACGAUGAAGCCAAAAGCGUUUCUUCUCUGUUGGCUGUUUUGAAGCAUAGUAGUGCCUGAAGCUUGCUUGCCGGGAGAGUUUAAACACAUUAUCAAUAUAAAAUCAAUGACGUUGCACAGAAAAAACAAGUCAAUACAGAAUAUGCUGGCUUACUUUAUCAGAACAAUUUUUAAGAUGUGUUUGUCAUAAUACAUUGACAGAGAUCUAGAGCUGUGGCAUUAUAAAAUAGAUUUAAACAGAUUUAGAUAAAAGCAGACAUAUCUUUAGAUAAAACUGUUUACACAGAGGUAAAAAGACUUUUAUUUUAUUUUGAUUUAGCGUCCCAGCUGUAUAUGGAAUGUUAUAUUUGGAAAAAUCUAUCGCAUUAUUUCAGGGUUGCUUAAUUUUUUUGGUCUGGCCAAGUGAGCAAAUUAUGCCCUGACAGAAGAUGAGUCAUCCUUUGGACGACGCCAUAUUUUUUCCGACUGAAAUUUCUGAACAGCCUUGAUGUUGUUACGAGAACCAGCAUUGUCAGAUUUAUGGAAGCCAUUUUGAGCGCUUGAACAAUCUUGCUCAUUUUAACCAGCUCAUGUAACUACAACGGCCAGAUGUCUAAACGGUGGAGUUUCAUACUUUUCUUAAACAUCACUGUAUAUGGCUGUGAUAUUCUGCGAUCCUUAGAAAAUAUUGUGAACUUGUGAUGAUAUAAGCCCAGUGAACGUGUCAUUACCUAGUUGACCUUUCUGCUGUUUGUCUUGUGGGUUUUGCUUGUUUAGAAGCAAGCAAAUAACACUCUUUAUUUGUAUUAAUGUGUCCGGGGAAAUGUUGACAACACUAAGUGCUUGUAGGGUGUAGCCUUUGCUGUGCCAUGCAAACCGUAUGGCAGAUUUUCGAAUGUUACCUUUGUACAGCAGUUUUAUAUCGAUGAAGACAGUUCUCUUACACUACAUACAUUUACAAUGGGAGUUACAUUGCCAACAAGCUGGGAUAGAAGUGCCAAAUUUUUGUACUGGUUUUAAUGGACUUUAGGGUCUCAAAUUGUUGCCUGGACAAUUUAUUCAACAACAUGUAUAUAGCAUCAUGUAAUGCACCACAGCCUCUACAUGUGGCAAAAAGCUGCUUUUGACUAGUUAUUUUAUAAAAUCAUGCAUUGUAAUAUAUAAUGAAUAAUAACUGGAGAGUCAAAAAAUAUUUUUAUUCAAAAUUAUAGAAUGGUUUACUUUUUAAGUUACACAGUAGAAGCAUAGCCCACAGAUUUCUCACAAAUGUAAUUCUAUGCUGUUUGUUUGUAUAGAAAAGUGCUGGUUGGUUGUUAUAUAGAUGAGCUUACUUUGAGCACUUUUGUGACUUGUACAUGUUCUCUGUUUUUAGAGAAAAACAAUGGAGUUAUAUGAUGGUGAAAUGGCAGCCAUGGGGACUAUAAACUCAGUUGGUCCUGGCUGUGCAAAUGAUGCUUGAAUCCUGGAUCCUACCUUGUUUUAGGUGUCUCUUGUACAUUUUCCUACAUUGCCUUUCAAAACACUUUAAAGGGGACAGAUUGCCAAAUUUAAAUCCCAUAUUUUUUGGUUCUUGACCUGUGGUUGGCUUUGCUAUGUAGACCACAAGAUCUGUGUUUUGCGAUCUCUGGUCAGAUCUUGAGUAUGUGAAUGGUCUAAAAUUUGCAUGUUUAAGCUAGAGGGAUAGUUCACCAAAAAAACAAGAUAUUUUGAGAAAUUACUCUGUGGUUUUGUGUCCAGACAAUGGCAGUAAAUGGGGGCCAAUAGUGUUUGGUUACCAACGUUCUUCAAAAUAUCCUCUUUUGUGUUCUGCAGAAGAAGGAAAGUCAUAAAGGUUUGAAAUGGCAUGAGGGUGCGUAAAUGAUGAAAGAAUUGUUUUUUUUGUGAUAACUAUUCCUAUAAAGAAGUCCACGAAGAAGUUUUUCUUUAAUCUUUCUUUAAAUUUCUUUUGGAAGGCAAUGUGUGUGUUUUCAUAAUAACAGCUCAGGCUAAUCAAAUGUAUUGUCUGAUUUAAUCAUUUAUUUUUUACGACUCUGGUGUUUCAUUGCAGUGUCGUAGAAUGGAGUAAAUUGUCACUUAAUUGCAUGCUAAGCCUC